CUGCUGCAUAGGCGUGGGAACAACACGAGUCGGUCGAUCCAGAAUUCAGCUUCAAGCUUCGACAACAACUUCAACGUCAACCAUCAUGGUAGCACCCCGGGGAGCACGCACUUUCAUGCGCAAUUGGUAUGCCAUCGAGGCAAUUCCUAUCUACGCCGUUAUUGGUAUAGCCGUCGGGGGUGCGGGCUGGUAUCUGACCCGCCUCGCGCGUGGUCCUACAGUCGUUUGGACAAAGAACAACCCUACUCCCUGGAACGAGGUCAAACAAGAUGAAAACACUAAAAUGUUGGAUGUUAACUCGAGGUUCUCAAAGAGCUGGUCGAGGGACAAGUUAUAGCUUAAGCUCGCACUGAAAGGGUGCUAUACCAUUUUUUCGGUCGUGCUCGUUGUCAUAAUACAGUCCAAUUACAUUCUGUUUUCCUGCGCUGAUGAUUGUUCCAUGUGACUAUGUUAUUGAUGUCGGGCCGGAUAGUUGCUUUUAGUUCCCUGGUCUUGAUGUUAAAAGACAACCUGUA